AUGUCACGGCGGGUCUCUGUAAGUAGAUUUUCUGGAACCUUGAGGUCUCUGAGAAUGAGCACAACUGCAGCCUCGAGUCGCAGCUUAGAAGGAAAAGUCGCUGUUGUAACGGCAUCAACAGAGGGGUUGGUUGAUACAAGUGUUCAUGCUACAUGAAUGGGAGCGAAAUGGUCUGAAGGCAAUUUCAACGUAAUUUACAAAUGAUUUCGAGUCAACUUUAGUUCUUGUGUGUUUGAGUUAAGCAUGACGAUUCGAUGUUAUCCGACUUUUCCUGGUCUAGGUAGAAAACAGUAUAGCACAGAAAGAGUUGUUCCCAGCUAGCUUGGAUUCACUCUAUUUUAGAGCUCUUAGUGGGCGGCGAGGGGAGGGAGGUGGGUUGGGUGCUGGUGCUGGUGCAGAGAGGGUCCAUAAUGUAAAGUUAUACUCAUUAUUAACACUGAUCUCUGCUCAAACUUUUGACACAUCAAGUAGUAGGCUUGGAUUGUUAGUCCACUCUUUUUAACAUCAUGUUCCCAAAUACAAAAGUGUUUCCUUUACCAAAUAGGAGAUCUAUAUCAGAUCUUGAUGUUUCUGAAGUAACUACUUUUUCUUCUUUUGGAGAUCCGUCCACUGAAAUUUUAAUACUUUCUACCAGAGUCUUGAAUAUUACUCUUAAUGUCAGGGUAGGUCACAAAUAAAAAAUAUUCCUAUAAAGAGAUGUUAAACAAAAACAUUAAUUGCUGAACGUUUUUAAAUAGUGAAUUACAUAUUUUCGUUACAAAUCAGCACAAGUCACUUGUAGUUUGAUUUUUGCUUAGUAAUGUGAAUAAUUACGGAGCAUUUUCUUAGGAUUGGGUUUGCCAUUGCUAAACAACUUGCUCAUGAUGGUGCAAAGGUUAUGAUCAGUAGUCGCAAACAAGACAAAGUUAUUGAUGCUGUCUCUAAAUUAGAGAAAGAACAAGGUUGUACAGUGAAAGGAGUUGUGUGCCAUGUUGGGAAAACUGAACAUCGUAGGAAUCUUAUCAAAGAGGUACUAUUCAAAGUGCUAACUUCUGAUAAUGUAUGCGGAGAAAACAUAGUAUUUAUAAUGAAUGAUAUUUGAUAAUGAUAUUACUAUGUUUGCAACAAACAUUUCUCUCUACAGACAUUGGAUACUUUUGGAGGCAUUGACAUCUUAGUUUCAAAUGCUGCUGCUAACCCCACAUUUGGACCAAUCCUGGAGGUAAUACUUGACUUAACCAUCAUUCUAAUGUAAGCAUGAAAAGGAUUGUUAUGAUAAUGAUGAUGAUGACAAUGAGAGUAAUGGUGAUGGAGCAUUUUGAUUGCUGUGAAAACCACAGUCAUGAUGAUGAUAGUAAUGCCAAGAUGGAAAAAGGGCUAAGAUUAAAAGGUUUGAAGCUAUACUGCUACCAGUUUCAUUUUUGUGCAUGAAAAACAAUGGUACUUGUUUCAUGGUUAUAUUCAUUUUGUAAUAGAACACUUUUCAAUCAAUAUGGAAAGUACUAUCAGGGACAGGAAUCCUUUGGUUUUGCCUUAUCUUGAUCUGUGAUUGUAUCAGAAAACUAGUAAUACUAUCUCAACCAGUCAGACUAAAAACUGAAAUCAAUUGUGACCUAAAAGAUCAAUCACAUUUUCAUAUGAUCCAUGUGUUUUUUGCUUUAAUUUUCUUGGAUCACAUUCUCACAAGGUGUUUGUGAUUUUAACCUUUUUUGUGGUUGCAUAGCCAUUAUAAGUGAUUUCUUUUGAUUUUACAAAACCCAAUCCUAUUGUGCUCUAAAAUGAGAGGAACAGCAGGCUUCAAGGAAAAACUAUAUGUUACAGAAUAAUAAAAAAAUAAAAAAAUUGGUCAUGUUAUGAAGUAUCAUCUAUACCUAUGAUAUAUUUUAUUUCAGACACCAGAGGAAUCAUGGGAAAAGGUAGAAAAGGAAGAUUACAUAUUGAUAUAUUUUUUGGCAUACAAUUUGCAUUAGUUUGUUAGUGACAUGUUUAAAUCAGCUCUUGCCUGCAGGUAGGAAUGGGGGGCAGAGGAGCUAAAAGGGAAAGAGAAGACAAAUGCACUGCUACCUAAAUAUGUGUGGUUGUAAGUAGUUAAUAUAACAAAGUGAUUCAAAGAAGGUGGCUCUAUGAUUGCUUGAAAGUGACAUAAAAAUUUUCUUUGAGAAGUAAUCUCAAAUGACCCACAUGGUUUGAAAAUUUUUUACAAUUAUCUGGGGAAGAAUAUGUGGAACCUCUCAAGUCCACAACAAUUUCAUUUUCAAUUGGCUCCCCCUGCACACUUCAAAGUUCCUUUGUUGGAGCCUAACCUUUUACUGUGUUAUGAUCAUUAACUGAUGAAGGUCAAUUUUAGAGCACUGCUUAAUUUAAUGUGUAGCAGACUUAAAAGUCAUCUUAAAUUGUGAAAACUGACAAAGUAUAAAUUUCCUGGUCUUUCUGUUCAUUUUGUUUUUUUGGUCUUUUGUUAAUACAGAUUUUUGAUAUCAAUGUGAAGUCAGCUUUUCUUCUGGCAAAAGAUGUUGUUCCAUUGAUGAAAAAGAGAGGGUUUGUAUACUGAGUCCCAAUUUGAGAUAUUGGUAUUGGUGGUACCAUAGUUUAGUUAACCCUUUAACCCCUAUGAGUGACUAGCAUCUAAUUUCCCCUUACAGUUUCACCACUGAAUCACAGAUUAACGUCAUGAGAAUAAAGGAAAAGGUCACCAAUGAAAGAACUCUUGAUUGUUAGACAAAUUCUCCUUGUCAGCACCUUAGUAAAUAUACAGAGAACACUAUGGAAAAUAUGAAUGUUAGGGUUGUUAAGGGUUAAUCUUAACUGACUUGUUCCAGUCAUCAAUAAUGAAAAUAAUUUGAGAUGCACUUUAUCUAAAAACCAAAUUUUGUUGCUUAUUUAUUUCAGAGGUGGAUCCAUAGUGUUUGUUUCAUCUAUUGCUGGACUCCAGCCAUCCCUGCAGGUAGAUAUAACCCUUUUCAAACUUAAUUGCCCUACAAGACAAAACUUGGUUUGAAAAGUAUGCCAUUCUUAUAAGUUUGUUUUAAUUUAUUCAAACAUUCAUGAAUUUGAGACCCAAUCUUCAGUUUUAGUUUUGAGCAGCUUUGAAAUACUUUGUUUUUCAAAUAGUGUGAAAAGUGUGACUUACUGGUAAUCAUACUUAAAUCAAACCCCCAAAAAAUUACUUUAAAAGUAACUUUUAAAAAGUUACUUUAAAAAGUUACUUUAAAGUUACUUUAGUCAACCUUAAGAUGGAAAAAUAGGUAAUUAUUUAUGACUGAAAAGCAUUUUUGAUUAUUCAGUAUCUUAAUGCCAUAUUGGUUUCAGGGUCUUGGUGCUUAUAGCGUUAGCAAGACAGCUCUGCUUGGUUUGACCAAGGUUCUAGCCAAUGAAUGUGCUCACAUGGGAGUGAGGGUGAAUUGUGUUGCACCUGGGAUCAUCAAGACAAAGUUUAGUGGAGCAGUGAGUAUUCAAAUGUCAGAGCAAUCUACUUUAGUUACAUUUGCCCUUUUAUUGCAAAUAACCAUGAGACAAAAAUAAAAAUGAAAUUCAUCCAGACGAUGUGACAUCUAUGAGCCAGAAGAGGAUUGUUUUCUGAAAUGUAGCGGAAAAGCUGGAAAUGAUAAUGUUUGAGACAAAAGAAAAAGAAAACGAGAAGGGCUGGAUAAAAAAAUGAACAAAGAAAUAAAUAAAUGCAUGAUCACUAUGAUCUGACUUCCUCCUUAGGUGGUUUAAAACUUGACUUGUAUAAGGUAAAUAAAAAUAGACAUUGGGGUGUUAUUUUUUGUAGCUUUGGCAAAGUGAGUCCUUAACUGAAGCCGCACUUGCUCAAAUUCCCUUGAGGAGGUAG